CAGGCUUUCAUCCAAGAGACCCUGUGUGCGCCUGCCAAGGAGCGUGAUGUCCAGUUGACUGAGUUGGUAAUCGACUGUGUGAAGACUGUCUGCUUGUCUCAGGGAAGGAACCAGGGUUUUACACUACCUCUCAGCUACAGUGAUGAUUCCAUGCAGUAUUGAGCAUGAAUGGACCCAAUAUAGUAUGUGCAUGGCAGGCACUCAAUGCAGCUUUGUCUCAGUAAAGGACCUCAGGACCCAACAGCAUCUCCCGUGCUGCAGUCACUUGUCCUGGAGCAGCACUGCAUACCAGGAUUGGGCCCAGGAAGCUGGACCACAUGGAGUCCUCCUACCCCAGGAGCAGCUGUUACUUGUAGGGACACUAACAGACCGAUCAGGGGACUUGGAACAUGAGUGCAGGAAUGGAAGCCUCUACAUAAGAGAUAACACUGGUACCCUGGGCUGUGAGCUCAUAGAUCUGGACCUUUCUUGGUUGGGCCACCUCUUCCUGUUCCCCAGUUGGAGUUACCUCCCUCCUACAAUAAAGUCCUCCGGAGAAGGGCACUUGGAGCUCUGGGGUGCUCCGGUGCCAGUGUUUCCCUUGACCAUCAGUCCUGGCCCUCUCACUCCCAUUCCUGUUCUCUACCCAGAGACUGCUUCUCGCCUGCUCAGGCACAGAAGCAAGUGCAGAGAUGUGCAGCCAAACCUUGCUGGGACGCUGGUUCGAUUGAGCGCUCUGGUGAAAAGUCAAAAGAGAGCCUACUUCGUCCUGUCUCUCGGUGGCUCGUCCCCAGCUGGCAGCCAUGUGUCUGUCAUUGUGCAGGUCCCUGCCCAGCUGGUGUGGCAUCGAGCCCUUUGGCCUGGUAGGGCCUAUGUGCUGACAGAGCUGCGAGUGUCCAAGCUCCGUGGUCACCGUUACUGGAUUUGGAUGACCGGUCCCUCCUCCCAGCUGUUGCCGUUGAAACCAGAAUGUGUUCAAGAGCUGGAACUGGAGCUGGAUGGGCCCCUCUUAGAGGCUGACCCCUCACCACCACCCAUACCAUGCAACCCCCAAGACAAGAAGGGUCCAGAAGGUCUUGUUCGGGACUCCAGACUCUUAUCAUACACGGGAACAAUCACUGACGUGCUGAAUCGGCCUGCGGGCCUCUAUGAGCUGGACGGGCAGCUGGGGCUCUGCCUUGCCUACCAGCAUCUCCAUGGCCUCAGGCGAGUAGUGCGACCAGGUGUCCGUCUGGAGCUCCAGGAUGUUCACCUCCUGCAGUCAGUGGGCGGAGGGACAGGAAGGCCUGUGCUGGCCUCCUGCCUCCGUGGCGCCGUUCUGCUUCGGGGCUUCUCUCGUCAGAUGCCUGAGACUCAGUCUUCCCACCGAGCCCAGGGGGCCUCCCUGUAUGAGCAGCUGGUGUGGGAACAUCAGUUAGGACUUCCCCUCUACCUGUGGGCCACCAGGGCCCUGGAGGAGCUGGCCAGCAAGCUGUGUCCCCACAUGCUGAGACACCACCAGUUCCUGCAGCAUUCCUCUCCCGGGAGCCCCAGCCUGGGACUACAGAUCCUUGCCCCUACCUUGGAGGUUCUCAUUCCACCCUGCUGCCCUAGUCGGAAUCCACAAAACGAGAUCCUUGAAGAGCCACAUCACUGUCCACUCCAGAAGUAUGCUCGGCUGCAGACCCCCUGCUCUUUCCCUACUCUGGCCGCCCUGAAAAAGGAAGGGGAGUGCAGGGCCUGGGACUCCUUUGACCCUAAGACCCUUCUGCCCCUCCCAGAGGCUUCUCAUCUGCCCAGCUGCGAACUCAAUCAGCGCCUGGCCUGGUCCUGGCUCUGUCUGCUGCCCUCUGCCUUCCACCCAGCCCCGGUUCUACUUGGUGUUCUGGCACCUUCUUCUCGUAAAGGUUGUCUGAAACUUCAGGACCAAAGUGGUUCCCUCUUAUGCCUCCUCCUGGCCGACCCCUCGCAACCCCUCACUGACCCCAGGCUCAUAGGCUGCCUGGUGCGGGCAGAGAGGUUCCAGUUGGUCAUAGAAAGGACUGUCAGAAGCAACUUCCCUUCCUGGAAGGAGCUGAGCAUGACAGGCUUCAUCCAGAAACAGCAGGCCAGAGUCUAUGUCCAGUUCUUUCUGGCCGAUGCCCUGAUCCUGUCUGUGCCCAGACCUUUCUUUCACUCAGCCAGCUCCUCAACACCUCCUCAGGCAGAGCCCUCCCUCCCAGAGGGUCCCCACGGAGGACAUAGCCGGCUGUUCUUGCUAUCCCACAAGGAGGCACUGAUGAAGAGGAACUUUUGUGUCCCCCCAAGAGCCAGUUCGGAGGUGCCCAAGCCUACCCUCAGUUUCCAUGUUUCAGGGAACUGGCUUAGGGGCACUCAGAGGAAGGAGGGAACUGGGUGGGGCCCACCAGAGCCCAUGGAAGAUGAAAACGUGGAUCAGAAGGUUCUCCUCAUCUUCCUUGGCUCCUCAGUCCGCUGGUUUGAGUUCUUGCAUCCAGGGCAAGUAUACCGACUCGUGGCUCCUGGCCCUCUCCAGACACCAAUGUUGUUGGAGGAGGGUGGCUCAUCCUGCAUAUCGCAGCGUCCUCUGGAGCUGGCUGGCUGUGCGUCCUGCCUCACUGUCCAGGAUGAGUGGCGCCUGGAACUGGAGAGCCCCCAGGACAUCCCAGAGGUGCUGGGUAUUAACAGGGCACUGCCUGAAACCUCGUUGACUGACCUGCUCAGUGGCAACUCCACAGAUUCCUUAGUGUCUUUCUCAGCUGAGAUUUUGUCACAUCUCCGGAUGAUGCCUGGGAGCACUGGGGCCAUCAAGCGGUGUGUGAAGCUCACCGUAGCUCUGGAGACUGCUGACUGUGAAUUCCCUCUGCACUUGGACAUAUAUAUUGAGGACCCACACUUGCCUCCCCCACUAGGCCUUCUUCCAGGAGCCCGAGUCUACUUUAGCCAGCUAGAGAAGAGGGUUUCCAGAUCCCACAAUGUUUACUGUUGCUUCCGGUCGUCUACUUAUGUGCAGGUCCUGAGUUUUCCCCCAGAUACCACAAUCAGUGCUCCCCUGCCCCACAUCUACCUGGCUGAACUUCUGCAAGGUCGCCGGGCCCCGUUCCGGGCCACUGCUUCUUGCCAUGUGGUUUCUGUCUUCAGCCUUCAGCUCUCCUGGGUGUGUGCUCAUUGUACCAGCCUCUGCCCCCAGUUGCUUUCUCUAUUUCAGGGAAGGUGUACUUGUCAGAGCCCCUCUUGCCCCACUCAGACGUCUAUAAGCCAGGCCAGCAUCAGGCUCCUGGUGGAGGAUGGGACUGCUGAAGCUGUGGUGACCUGUAGGAAUCAUCAAGUGGCAGCAGCACUAGGGCUGCGUCCUAGUGAGUGGACCUCCCUCCUAGAGUUUGUCCGAGGGCCAGGGAGAGUGGCCUUGCAAUUUAUAGGACCUGGAGCCCAACUUGAGUCCUCAGCCAAGAUGGAUGAGCCCUUGACCCGUUUCCUCCAGACACUCUGUAUCAGUUUCUCUGUCCUCCGCCCUAUUGUGCUUUCUUUUGAGCUUAAGAGGAAACCCUCCAAGAUAAUCUCGUUAGAACCUCCUCGGUUACAGCGAUUCCAGUGUGGGGAGUUCCCUUUCCUAACUCGUGUGAAUCCCAGGAUCCAACUGUCGUGCCUCUCUAUCCAGGAGCACCCCAGUGCCCUGAGGGCCUUAGAUCCCUACUGCUAACCUGAGCUGCAGUGGCCUGAAAGUUCUUCCUACCCUGCUGGAAACCUUGAGGCCUGGGAUCCAGCUCAUCCCCCUUGUUGAGGCCCUUACCUUCUCUGUGAUUGAACCAGGACCCGAGGUCCCUGGAUUCACAGACUGCCACCCUGUUAUUUCCCCAGUAUUCUGAUGCCCACCUUUCUUGAGGAAACUGUGGAAACAGGCAAAUCAUGGCACUGUUGCUAUUUCCUCUAGUUGGUGUCAAGGCACCUGUACUCAUAGGCGGCCCUGAGCACCUAGGUUCUGUCUUUGUGUCAGGGGCUUGCCCCUUGUGCUGGUUCUCCAGACAGACCCCUUGGUCUGUAAUAAAGCUCUGUUGAUGUUCCUUA